GCGUUGCACCUUCCUUUGCAUCUUCUCUCUUGGAUACAUGGCCACUGCUAAACCAGAUCUAUCAGGACCUUUUUAACUCAGCUAUGACUUGGGUUUUGUGCCUCUUUGUCUUCACCGUCAUCAUCCUGACUUUGUUUGCAUUGUACUUAAUACUUAAGUCUGCACAGGGCCCUCAGGAGCCCCCCUGCCUUCCAACGCUACCCUUGAUCGGCAGUCUGUUGUAUCUGCGAAGCCCACACCCUCCUCAUGUGCUUUUCAAAGAACUGCAAAAGAAAUACGGGCAGACAUACUCUCUGAUGAUGGGCUCCCACAGGGUCAUCAUCAUCAACCAUCAUGUGCAUGCCAAAGAAGUCUUGCUGAAGAAAGGAAAGAUAUUUGCAGGAAGACCCAGAACUGUGACCACAGAUGUUCUGACCAGAGAUGGGAAAGACAUUGCAUUUGGAGACUACAGCGCUACCUGGAGGUUCCACAGGAAAAUAGUUCACGGAGCACUGAGCGUGUUCGGAGAGGGUUUGGCCUCCAUAGAGCGGAUCAUCCAGCUGGAGGCCCAGUCUCUCUGUUCCACCCUGUCUGAGGCAGCAGACGGUGGACUGGCUUUGGAUCUGUCCCCCGAGUUGACUCGGGCUGUCACCAAUGUCAUCUGUUGUCUCUGCUUCAACUCGUCCUACUGUAGAGGCGACCCAGAGUUUGAAGCCAUGCUGCGCUACAGCCAGGGCAUCGUGGACACGGUGGCUAAAGACAGUCUCGUAGAUAUCUUCCCCUGGUUACAGAUCUUUCCCAACGCAGACCUGCAGCUUCUAAAGCAGUGUGUGGACAUCAGAGACAAACUUCUACAGAAAAAAUACGAAGAGCACAAGGCAGACUACAGUGACCAUGUACAGAGAGACCUGAUGGAUGCCUUGCUAAGAGCCAAACGCAGCGCUGAAAACAACAACACCACAGAGAUUAGUGCCGAGUCUGUGGGCCUCAGUGAUGACCAUCUCCUCAUGACUGUAGGAGACAUUUUUGGGGCUGGUGUUGAAACCACCACCACUGUUCUCAAAUGGGCUAUCACCUACCUCAUCCAUCACCCAGAGGUGCAGAGACAGAUUCAGGAUGAGCUGGACAGUAAGGUCGGGGUGGACCGGUCUCCUCAGCUCGGAGACAGAGGUAGUCUGCCCUAUCUGGAGGCCACAAUCAGAGAGGUGUUACGGAUCCGUCCUGUGGCUCCCCUCCUCAUCCCCCACGUGGCCCUCAGCAACACAAGCAUUGGGAAUUUCACAGUGAGAAAAGGAUCUCGAGUCAUCAUCAACCUGUGGUCUUUGCACCAUGAUGAAAAGGAAUGGGACAAUCCGGAGAUCUUUGAUCCUGGUCGGUUUUUGAACAACAAAGGAAACGGUCUGACCAUACCAUCAUCCAGCUACCUGCCAUUUGGUGCUGGGGUCAGGGUGUGUUUGGGCGAGGCCUUGGCCAAGAUGGAGCUCUUCCUCUUCCUGUCCUGGAUCUUACAGCGUUUCACUCUUUCCGUUCCAUCGAGCCACCCUCUUCCCAGCCUAGAUGGCAAGUUUGGCGUGGUCCUCCAGCCAGUCAAAUACAUUGUGAAAGCCACACCCAGACCAGGUUGGGAGAAACCCCAGCCCCAGGCAUGUUGAGAGUGGUCCCAUGGUCUCCACCACUAGCAAGCAUAUAAUAUAACAUUUGUGCAGUAAAAUGGUUCACUGAAUAAUCUGAGGCUCAAGAAAAGACUGUAGUAUUAUGGUAUUUUCCCAGUCAAUGAUCAGGCAUCCGGUAAGCAAUGGUGAGCAGCAGUGAGCAGCCAGGAAGCCAGGUCACAUGGUCUAGGUCUGAACAGCCCCACACACCACCAUCAACAUCAGAAACGGAGACUACUGUUAACCAGUUUAUCCACUAUGGCGUUUAAAGAUUAUUUUCACGUGUUUCAUCACUUACAUGUUUUUUGUUACUCUUCUGUGUAAUAAUGAUAAAUAUUCAGUAAUUGUUGAGAUGAAUCUGUGUCAGACAAAAUAUAAUGAAUUCCUUCAUAAAGCUAAAGAAAUAGAAAUAAAUGAAUAUUUCCACUUA